UCGAAGAGAGUUACACUGCCACUUUUAUAGCAAUUUUCCUCGUCCAUCCAAUCCUUCUCCCCGCUGAAGAGAAAAAAGCGAAGAGACCACGACCUCUCGCGUUCUCAUCUCCUUCAGCCUUCCCGUCUCCUCCGUGAUACACGACUCCUGUGAUCUCCAGCCGAGGGAAGAUGGGGCUUUCUUUCGCAAAGCUAUUUAGCCGCCUGUUUGCGAAGAAGGAGAUGAGGAUCCUGAUGGUCGGGCUCGAUGCUGCUGGUAAGACGACCAUCCUCUACAAGCUAAAGCUUGGAGAGAUUGUUACCACCAUUCCUACAAUCGGAUUCAAUGUGGAGACUGUCGAGUACAAGAACAUCAGCUUCACUGUAUGGGAUGUCGGUGGUCAGGACAAGAUCAGACCUUUGUGGAGGCAUUACUUCCAGAACACACAGGGACUUAUUUUUGUUGUCGAUAGCAAUGAUCGAGAUCGAGUCGUUGAAGCAAGGGAUGAACUUCACAGGAUGCUUAAUGAGGAUGAGUUAAGGGAUGCUGUCUUGCUUGUGUUUGCUAACAAACAAGACCUUCCAAAUGCCAUGAAUGCUGCUGAAAUAACUGAUAAGCUCGGUCUUCAUUCCCUCCGUCAACGUCACUGGUACAUACAAAGCACUUGUGCAACAUCCGGUGAAGGUUUGUAUGAAGGGCUCGAUUGGCUCUCCAGCAACAUCGCUAGCAAGUAAGAAAAGCUGCUUGGAGGCCCUGUUUUUUAACAGCACCAAUGUAUGUGUUCGAUGCUUUUGCGCCAUCCUGGAAGCAAGAAAACUGUCAGUGUCUUUCAAAACCCCAAUACUUGUCUGCAGAACAAAUACAUGUUUGGUCGUUACUUUUUAUAUGUUUAUGUGAUCCUCUCCAGCACCUUAUUUCCUUUUGACCGAGAUGGCAAACAGCUUCGCAUGUUGACACGUUACGUUUUCUAAUAUUUUAUUGUCAUUUGAGAUUUUA